CUCGUCACGACAGGUGAUGACCGGACUAUCAAGAUUUGGGACUACCUUAGCAAAAGCUGCGUGCAAACGAUGGAAGGACAUACGAACGACCCAAGCUUUGCUGUAUUCCACCCCAACGUGCCCAUCAGCAGCAGCAGUGAGGACGGUACCGUAAAGAUAUGGAAUGGCAAUGCCUGA